AUGCGUGCCUCCAUCUUCGUCUCCACCGUGGCUUUUGCCCUUGCUUCGGCCCAGAACUCUUCCCCGUCCCAGGACCCAGCUCCCCAGACUGCUUUCCUGACCCAGACAAACUCUCUGGGUGUGAUUACCGGCAUGCCCCCUGUUGACACCUCCAUUGCCAACCAGCCCGACGCCGUCACCGAACAGCCUGCUGUUGUCACUUCUCAGCCUCUUCCUGCCAACGUUCCCGCUGUUGGCCCUGGUGUCCACACCCUGACCCUCGCCGGCACUGGCACUGGUACCGCUGUCAACCAGACCCGUACUGUCACCGUCAGCGCAAACAACAGCACCACUGUCGUCCUUGCUCCUUCCACCACCUCCUCCGGUGCUGGUGCUACCGGCAGCGGCUCCGAGUCUGGUGCUUCUCGCUCUGGCUCCGGCUCUGGUGCCUCUGCCACUGGCAGCGGUGGUCGCCCCGACUCCACUGGCGCUGCCUCCAACGUCAAGGUAGCUGCCGGUAGCCUCAUGGGCUUCGGUGCCUUCAUGGCCGCUUUCUUGUAA